AUGGCCUUGGUCCCCAUUGAAAGGGCAUUGAGAGAAUUAGAAGUCCAAAACUCUGCACGACAGAUCCGACAAGAGCGUGAGGAAUCCAGGGCACGCCUAAAGCAAGAACGUGAGCAGAUCGAGAAGGAGGUGCUGCAGGGCCGCCGCCGCUUCCUUCUGGAGAGGGAGAAGUUCCGAAUGGAAUACGAGGCCGCCGAGAAAGAGCGACAACGGAUCUCUGAGCACAAUGUGGCCACAGAGACGAUGGUUGACAUCAACGUGGGUGGCGUUAUCUUUGAGGCCUCGAGACAUACCUUCACCCAGCAGCCGGGAAGUUUACUUGAAAGGCUGAUGACCGGGCGGCUGCAAGCUCAGCGCGAUCGAGAUGGCCGCAUUUUCCUGGACAGAGACUCCAGCCUUUUCAGAAGCAUACUAAACUUUCUGCGGGAUCCAAGUGCGCCGCCGCCCUCAAGGGAUGCCUCUGACUCUGAGGCCUUGUGCAAAGAGGCGGAGCACUUGGGCAUUCGCUUCUACCCGUAUCCGCUGGUCUAUGCCAUCGGCGGUCAUGAUGGUGUGGACCAUCUCUCUGCAACCGAGGUCUUAGAUGUGGAGAACCAGUGCUGGCGGCCUUGCAAGCCGAUGCACACUGAGCGCACGUACUUUGGUGGAGAGGUGCUGUAUUCUCGCCUUUACCUGUAUGGCGGACAAAACUUGGAGUACAAGGCACUCUGUGAGACUGAGUGCUUCGACUGCUUGAGGGGAGCAUGGAUGCCAGGCCCCGACCUCAACGUGCCCCGACGCAGCUGUGCCUCUGCGCAGCUGGGCGGCCGGAUCUAUGCUCUAGGUGGUUUUGAUGGCACGCAGAUCCUCAGCCAUGUGGAGGCCUUUGAUCCGCGCAUGAAGAGCUGGAUGCCACUGGAGCACAUGACGGUUCCACGCUCCUCUGCUUCUGCAGCAGCCUUCAAUGGGCAGCUUUGGGUCUUGGGUGGUACCAGUGGCUCGCGCUUGCGAAGUGUUGAGAGGUAUGAUCCACGCGCUGGAAAGUGGGAGUCAGGUGCAGAUUUGAUAGAAGUCCGGUCUACUGCCCGUGCCUGUUGCUGCUUGGACCGGCUCUAUGCCUAUGGAGGAACGGAUCAGAAUCAACGAGUGCAUAGCAGUUUGGAGGCCUACAACCCAGAGGCAGGCUCUUGGAUUUUCCGCAAGUCCAUGCAAGUGCCAAGGAUGGAUUUCGGUAGCUGUGUACUGAGUGACUCUAUCAUGGCCAGUGGAGGACAGCACGGCGAGGUGCUAUCCUCCACAGAGUUUUAUCGACCUGAGCUAGAUGAUUGGCAGUUGGGACCGCCCAUGCUUUCACCAAGAUAUGGACACCAGCUAUUGCUGGUCAACCUGUGACGCGCACCGGGCACAAAGGCAUGGCCCCAGGCGCGAGAGCAGCGGAUUUGAGAUGGCGAAUUCGUCUUUGUUUCGCUAAUGACAAGCUUCUGAAGGAUGAAAAAGGAC